AUGGCAGGGUAUAUCGGACGGAUCCUCAUGCAUGAUAAUCCAUGGUCUACGAGUGCCUUCCGCUUACAGAUUAUUUGUCUCAUCCUUGCACCGACGUUCAUUGCCGCGGGAUGUGAUGUGGUCUCCAUUUUACUGCAAGCUGCUGGAGGUGGCGUUGUGAAUUCUGCUGGGCUUGAUAAAGUAUGGAUGGAUGCUGGGAACACUAUUGUCACCGUUGGUAUAGCAUUCCAGGUUGCGACGAUGUCAGCGUGUGGUUUGUUUGCGGUUGACUUCUUCAUUGCAUUCUGGAAGGAUCGUCGUCGCCAGAGAAAAACGGAGGGUGCGUCUUUCGGUGACACUCGCAAUAAACGAAUACUGAACAUGCUCAUCGCCGAGAUGGUGGCAUAUCUCAUGGUUCUCAUCCUUUGCAUAUAUCGUCUCCCCGAAAUGGCUGGUGGUUGGGGGAGUUCCUUGAUGCGCAACGAGAGGGAGUUUAUGGGUCUCGAUGGCGCGAGUCUGGUUAAUAUAUUGCCUCUGGCUUGA